UAGGUCAUCUUAGUUAAUGUAUAACAAUAUUUGCAUAAGGGCGGCCAAAAUAGCAGCUGUACAGCACAGACACAGAAUCAUCUUUGUCGUUUGUCUCCCUCCAAUUCUAUCAUCGGUUAUCCGCACUUCCACGUACGGUUGACAAGAAUGGACCGGGCGCUUGUCGGUAAGGUUGCCAUAGUAACAGGGGCGUCCCGAGGGAUCGGUAAAGGCAUCGCUCUACAACUUGCGGAGGCCGGAGCCACAGUGUACAUUACAGGUCGGACGCUGCUGCCCAACGGCCGGGGUACGUCACUCACAGACUGUGUGGAGGAGAUAAAGAAAAGAGGAGGGCGCGCCAUUCCCGUCCAGUGUGAUCACGAGAAAGACGACGAGGUCAAAGACCUGUUUGACAGGGUGGCGAGGGAACAACAUGGGCGCCUGGACAUCCUGGUGAACAACGCGUACAGCGCCGCUCCGGCUUGCAUAGAUCAUAUCGAGGAGCCGACGAGUUUUUGGGACGAGCCUUUGGAAACUUGGAACCAAACCAACAGCGUAGGAAUAAGAGGUGUUUACAUCUGCGCUGUACACGCUGCCCGGCUGAUGGUACCGGCUCGGAAGGGGCUCAUCGUCAACAUUUCCUCCGAGGGAGGGCUCACGUAUGGUCUGAACCCGUGCUAUUGUGUCGGCAAGGCAGCGAUGCUCGUCCGCCUGAUGUUGGAGGGAAAGCGAUCAGCCAACCACGUUGCCUUUUAA